UGUACCGUAGCAAUACAUGCUUGUACUCGUGCAUGACAUCGUUGACUGCGUGCGUAAGACGGUGCCGCGAACAAUUCUGCGCAAUUCGCGGCCGUGUGGUGAGUUCUUAUUACGAUGUCUCUUCACUUAUCAUACAAACGCCGUCCAGACUCCCAAUUGUGGCCGAGAUCAUCAGUAUGGAAGGCUAACCUUGGCGAAUACAGCCUCCAGGGCCACCCAUCAAGCUGCGCUAUCGGAUUGAUAUCGAGGACGUGCAAAGAAGCUAUAUGUUACGAACUGCACGGGCGACGAAACUCCCAUUGGGCGACAAUAAGUAGGUUCGCUCCUGCGGCAGCUUGCAAGAUGAAGCACACUUAUGAUUGUCGGGAAGGAGAGUACGUACAGCACGCGGUUUUGUGUGCUGUGUCACUUAAUUCCGCCCGUUCUAGACUGAAGUGCGCUCAGGCUGAACCUAUGUACGCGCCAGACGUGACCUCGGGGGAACUCGGAUUUGCACCAAACCGCGGGUGGACAGGCGUGGACAGGGGCGUCAUGCUGAUGUCAAGCAUGGUCGAGGAGGGUCUGCAGCUGCGUCCCAUGGCCCCUUCGCCCGUUGCGCCGAGCGUUCGAGUCGGUUCGCCCGCUGGUCCCGGCAACUUCCGAGGCACCUGGACCGACGCGCCAGUGCGGGGCUUGCCUUUCGCGGCGCACCCGUCCAGUUUUCAGCCUCCCCGCAUUCGGACGGAUCGAUGUGCGCGUGCUCGACCGUCUUGCGCAGGUACAAAUCCAUGUCCAGGCGUGCAGGCUGGGGCCCCGCACCUGUUGCACCUCCCCGCAUUGCCCGUUCGCGACCACGCUGCCCCUGUCUCUGAGCCUCCUGGCUUCACGCGCACUGGCACUGGCUGCAAGCACCAGCAAUGAUUGCGAAGGUUCCUGCGUUGGACUUGGAAGAGCCUGUCGUCCUCCAUGAGGACCUCGCGACGACAUUCACCGGAGUCGUCCAUCCCGUUUCCACUGCUGAGGCGCCCGUGCACCAGUAUCGCGGGAUCCAGUACGCUAGCAUACCUGCGCGCUUCCGUCAGUCGAGGUUAAACACCAUCUACCCUCUCCUGACGGAUGCCAGUCACUACGG